UUAAGGAACUCAGGAACGAGGAAGAGCGAGGUGGUGACUAACCCAGAAAGGAAGAAAGUUUAGGGUUUGGGCAAUUAUUCAAAUCAAAGUCCAACUCAGUCUUCUCUCCCCAAUUUGGGAAUCUUGAUUUCUCUAAUCUUUCGCUAUGACGGACGGCUACUGGAAUCGGCAGCAGGCUAUGCAGCAGGCGAUGCAGCCGGCGAUGCUUCCCUCUUCUGCCGUGCUCAAACGACCUCGUACUGAAUACGAGAUGCCAACCUCUGGUCUGGCUUCAGGUAAUGAGAUGCAAGCUUAUGUUGCUCGAGAUGAUGAUCGUACUGGUUCUCAGGGUAUAAAAGACACAAAAACAAUCUUGUCGGCUUAUGACCACUACCUUCAGAGUGCGCAACUGCCUUCUUAUAAUUCUGGAGAAGCCAGUACAAUAGGCAGUGUUGGUAUGGUGAGGCCUGCCGUCAGUGGAAUGCCUGGUCAUUCACUAGCUGAUCCUGCUGUCAUGAGACGCCCUGGGAGUGGUGGCCAUGAUCUUGCACCAAAUGGACGAAAUGUCAAUUUUGGUGGUCAGCUACCAGUGGACACUGUUCCAAGGCCUGGACCUGAGACAGUACCUCUACCACCAGAUGCUUCAAGUACUCUAUAUGUUGAGGGUCUCCCUCCUGACAGCAGCACUAGAAGAGAAGUGGCUCAUAUCUUCCGCCCUUUUGUUGGUUACAGAGAAGUAAGGCUUGUUACUAAAGAGUCCAAAACUCGUAGCGGAGAACCUCUUAUCCUUUGUUUUGUGGAUUUUGCAAACCCAGCUUGCGCAGCAACUGCUUUGAGUGCCUUGCAAGGUUAUAAAGUUGAUGAACUCAACACUGAGUCCAGUCACUUGCGCCUUCAGUUUUCCCGGUUUCCUGGACCAAGAACUGGACCUGGAUCUCGAGGUAAGAGGUAAACAAGAUUGCCUAGGGAACCUGAUUCAAUGCGCAUCGCGGGGACCCUCUUUAUACAUCUUUUCUGGGUGAGCAUUUUCAUGGAUCAAAGAUGCUUCUCGUGCAAUUGUAGUCACCCCUCCGGCCUUAAACUUGUAGCAAGGAUUCCCCGAGGUGCACAUAAUAGCAAGAUAGCUUGAGAUCAAGUACAAUUUAAUUUGAGCGAAUCUAACGUGUGGAUGCUUCUGCGAUGUCAUAUCUAAAUUACCUUGUGUUACUUAGUUUGUUAUUUCUUAAUAUUAACUUGUUAGCUGAUUUAUGUAGGAUUUGCAUUGUAUCGGCUGAAUAAGUAUUUCUAAAAAUUAUUUGAGUUCAA